AUGUCGAAUUAUAACAAUUAUAUGAAUAAGCAAUGCAAAGAUAAAAGCGUCAGCGCGACAAGAACUUUGUCAAGCACAAAUAAUUGCCAAAAGAAAGAAAAACAACCAUCAUUAUGUUCCCUUACAAAAGUUUUUGCUUUAACUAUUGUAAUUUUGGUCCUUCAGUGCUUCAAUAAAAAUGGCUGCUAUGUUAAUGGAAUAAGUGCAGUGAAUAAAUUAGAAUCAAGCCAUGGCAGGAGUUUAUCCGAAAUGAACCCAAAUUAUACAGGACAAGGAGAAAAUAUGAACUAUUCUGAUGAAAACGUUAAUGAAAUGAGAAACUACAAUAAUAAUGUAAAUGGUGCAUGGGUAAAUAAUGAACAUGCAGGACCAUCAAUGUGCUCGGGUCCUUAUUGUAACGCGAAUCCACAGAGUUAUGGACAAAACAUGAACGAAGUUAAUUUAAAUGUAUUUCAUACAGGAUUAGGUGAACAUUUGAAGAAAAACAUUAUUUACAUUUUACCAGGUAUGAUAGCAGCAUAUUAUGCAUGGAACUCUUUAGGAACACAACCAUUUUUAUUGAUAGCUGCUAUUAUAGGUGUUUUCUUAUUUGCAAAUCAGCACGGACAUUAA